AUGCCCUCGGACACUUUCCCCGCCUCAGCUACUCUCGCUGCCAAUACUGUCCAGUCCGAACCUCAAGGUCCUCGUCGCGCUGCCAUCCCGAUCGCCAUCGUCUUCGGCCUAGCCCUCAUCGGCAUGGCGUGGACCAUCUGCUUCUUCGUCAGACUCCGGAAAUACCGAGUUUGGCGUAAACGAGUCAAAGCCGAGGAGAAGAGGACUGGUCGGAAGAUCAUCCACAACGACGACGAUGCCGAUGCCGACGGCGAGAGGGAGAAGAGGCGUUGGGACAGGUGUCGCCACCGGGACGCCGAAUGGGGUACAGCGGGGAUGGGUACGGGCCUGUCCAAGAUCCAUAAAUCCCUCACGUCUUCUCACGGUCAAGAUCAUGAUGAAACUGUCACGCUUCCCGAAGCCAUCUACGAUCCCACCUUGGACCAGCCCGAACCCCGAAAAGCGAUCAUCACGUUACAAGAAGACACCGGCUGCGUCCAGCUCACACUGGCUCAACCGGUCCGACCGAACAAGGACGAAAUCGUUACCGCCACUACAUCUAUGACCACUGCUUCUCCUGUUCCGGUCGCUGCGAUCCCGAAACCAUACCCGGCUGCUACCGCGCCCCGCAAGAUCGCCGGUAGACAAUUGACCCCCUACCGACAUGACAAACCGUUACCUUGCGUGUCUUCACCCGUACCUACCUCCUCCCCGGUAUCGCAUCCUAUCGCAUACCCAUACGCACCCUCAGUAGGAAGCCCCAACCCGAGUGUAAUCUCCAGCGCAAGCGCAGACCUCAGCCCUGCUCUGAUCACAGCCCCGGUCGCCCAAGACUACCGCCGUACCACCCUCUCUCAAGUUCAAUACGCCCCCUCAAGCCCUUCGUUUGUCAGCUCGGUAUUCUCCAACCCUCCCGAAGGUCGUCGGGCCAAAGCAUCAAAGCUUCCUCCGUCCGCCAUCUCAGCUUCAGCUUCAGGAAGAUCGAAUGCGAAUGCUCCUUGGCCCGUUCUGACCCGGGAACCUCAGCGGGCGUCGGGGUGGAGCAUGUACCUUGACUGAAUGGGAUUUUCCUUGAUUAGUCAAGCCUCGUCGAGGUCCGACUGGGACCGGUGGUGAUGAGAGAUCCGAAUUCGAUUAGAAUCGAUCGAGGAAGGAAGGAUAGAUGACUGAAAUAGGAACCGGU